AUGGCAGAGGUGCCGUCAGUUCCUGGCGUUGGGGCAUUGCACGGAACGGCCUCAGCUUUCGCCGCGGUUCAUGCGGCCAUACCGGUCGACCAGAGAACCCAUGAGGGCCGCUAUGUCUGGGAACCUCGGAUCAAUCCGUUCACAGGGUUGCCCGCGUCACCCGAGCUAGCAUUCCAGCAGGCGGUCGGGAUGGGUGCAAGAUCUCCGUAUAGAUUCUCACCGUAUCUCGAUCAGCUGUACAACCCUUUCACCGGCGGAUCCCCUCUCGCAAGGGUUCUCAGUCCAGUCAGUGAGUACAACUCCGAUUUAAAUGUCGCUCAGCAUAUGGACUACCUCCAACACAUGCAAGCUGCCCUCGCACAGCAGCGAGCAAGUCUCCAACAAUCGGUCAAUGAUCCUGUCUCAAGGGCGGGACGCGGUCGGAAAAGAGCUUUAUCAUCCUCGCCAUACUCGGAUGCGUUCGACGUCAAUUCCAUGAUACACUUCUCGCCGAACCAAUUGGUGAAUUUCAUGAGCGGUUCCCGAAGUGGAUCGUACGGUCAUUUGUCGGCCGGUACGCUGAGUCCGCUGCAUCAACAGUUACUCCAAAGGCAUUAUCCACACCAUCCAGUCACUCCGCUGGCACCAGUCCCCGGCACAACCGAUCUCGGAACGGACGUGGUGUCAAGUACGAACUUGGAGAUCAAGAAAGAAAUAAAGGAAGAGAAAGAAGUAACCGGAGAAGAAGACUUCAUAGAAACAAAUUGUCACUGGGCCGAUUGUACACUCGAAUUCAACACACAAGCCGAACUGGUCCACCACAUCAACAAGGAUCACAUCCAAUCGAACAAGAAAACCUACGUGUGUCGAUGGCAGGACUGCCAACGCGAAGAGAAGCCCUUCAAGGCCUCGUACAUGCUGGUGGUUCACAUGAGACGGCAUACGAGCGAAAAACCGAACAAGUGCACUUUUGAAGGAUGCACCAAAGCCUACUCUCGGCUCGAGAAUCUCAAAACGCAUUUCAGGUCUCACACCGGUGAAAAGCCCUACGUGUGCGAACACAAGCUCUGUGGGAAGGCGUUCAGCAACGCUUCCGAUAGAGCGAAGCAUCAGAAUCGAACCCACUCGAAUGAGAAACCCUAUGCGUGUUUCGCGCCGGGAUGCAGCAAGCGCUACACCGAUCCCAGUUCGCUGCGCAAACACGUCAAGACCGUCCAUGGAGCCGACUUCUACGCGAACAAAAAGCACAAAGGACCCCAAUACGACGAACAUCCCAACUCGGGCGGAAUAAACUCCGACAACAGCUCACCCUUGAGUCCGGGCAGCGGGAAGUCGAUACCCGAUUCGGCGCCGGGCUACACCCAUCUCGGCAACCCACAGACGCCACCGAGCGAUGCGUCUCCCGUGAACGACUCGCACGUUUCCACCACGACCUGCGCUCCGGUCGACUCGCUAGUCCCCACUCAGCAAGCGAGUCCCUACGCCUCCCUGGAGUACGAAAUGGAUGAAUUCGUGGAGCCCGUACCCUGUGCCGUCGGGGUCAAUGGUUACGGUGACAUACCCGCCUCGAGACCGAAUUUCAAUCCGGUGAACCGUAUCAAGGAACGAAUGCAGCCCGCAAUGGGCAGGAUACCAGCCCCACCUUCGCAUGCGACCCACCAUCAGGGCAACUACAACGGAAAUCUGCAUUACGCCGAGCUCCGGACGUGCAACGGCGGAUCGCCACGGUAUACCGAAAUCACCCGCCAUCCCCAAAUCCAGGAAACGUCGUUCAACGCCGUUGCUGUCAGACGGGAUAGCAUCAGCACGUACUACGGUAGUAUGGCCUCAGAAGCAACCCGGAGCGAUGUCAACGACCCGGUUGCGUCGACCUGCGGAAGUGAUAACUACGGACCGUACCUGAACUCGACCGCUCCUCCACCGCCGCUGAAUCCCAAUGUUCCUGUUCCGCGAGAAAACAAUGAAGACUCCAAUGGCAGCAGCGCUCUAGUCGAUACCGUUCUGUGCGAUCUCGAUACGAACGAUAUCAAAAACGACAUGAAACCUCUAGAGGCGUUGGACGAUCUCGUUCUCCCCGAUGAAAUGGUGAACUUCAUGAACGAGCGAACUGACGAUCAACCGGCGAGGCCAGGAUCCGCGUUGAGUUCUGCCGCCGUCUCAUCGGUGAGUCAGUACGACGAGAUCCGACGCAGUCAGAUGGGACCUCCUCAACAUCCGGCUCCCCGAACCCGUGGAGUCCCUCCGCGGCCCUACUGCUACCAGGCGACGCAGAAUCUGGUGAUUGCCCAACAACCGCAGUACGAGUACUACCAACCGCCUCCCGCACCGGCGCAACCGAACCACCGGAUUCAGCCUCAGCAGAUGUCGCAGAACUGCUACUAUCCUGGACCUCCGCCCCCACCCCCGCCUCCUGCUCCUGCUGCUCCUCCCCAGGCCCAGAUGCCGGCUCCCGCUGUAAAUUAUCCGCCGGUGAUGAAGCACGACCAGAACAUGAACCAUCUUCCCGCCGCCCCCCAAAAAGUGCCCGUCGACCGAAACCACCACGCGAACAACUUGCAUGUGCAGCAGAUGAACAUGACUCCGAACCAUCUGAAAGAUCACGCGCAUGUCAUGCACAGACACCCGAGCCAGCAGGGCCGAAGAGAAAUCCAAUGCCGCUCCGUCAGUCAGAGCUCGAUGGCGCGAGAUGCCUAUGAGAGAACCCUGGAAUACGUUCAGCAAUGCCAGAUCAGCUCGAGCUCAGAAAGUCGCGCUCAGAGACGCAGCAGCCCUCUCCUCGAAACUACGGGCAACAUGGUCAUCAACGACAUGAGCGCAUCCCUCACGUCGCUCGUGCAAGAAACAACUCAUCUCAAAUUGAUGCAAUAG